AUGGCACUCAACCGCAACGAAAAUCAAGCAGCAUGGCUGAUGGGAGCCAACGAGCGGCUCAAGGUCGAUAGCAUUCAGAAUUGGACACCAGGCCCGGGCCAAAAUCCAAAGUUCAACAUGCUCCAGCUUCAAUUUCCAGCUAUGUUAGGCUCUGCGUAUGCUGGCAUAGUCACCGAAAUCGCUCCUGGCGUCACCUCUGUGGCCUGUGGUGACCGUGUCGCAGUAGCUCGCUGGGGCGCAACUACUUGUGAAGAACGAUUCACGUCAUUUCAAAAGUAUCCGCUAGCUUUGGAACGCAAUGUUCUGAAACUCGGCACUGAAUCGUUACGAAGACGGUGCUGGUGUCAUUGCUAA